GAAAAGAUAAAGGGAAAGGGAAAGGCAGGGGUAAAGCCUGACCGCAUAUGGGGCGACAAGUGUUCGAAAUCUGAUAUAGUGAUAAUCCAGGGGGCCACAGAAUCACUGCCAAAUGGUAUUCCAACGUACACAGUGGAGAUCAUGAACGUAUGCACUUCCGGGAGCGACAUUUCGGAGAUACACUUGAGUUGCGGUUGGUUCAGCUCAGCUCGACUGAUCAACCCUCGUGUCUUUAAGCGGCUUGGAUUUGAUGAUUGCCUAGUUAAUGACGGUAAACCCCUUUCCAUUGGCCGCACCAUCUCAUUUCAAUACGCCAACACCUUCCCUUACCCUCUAUCUGUCUGGUCCGUCAGUUGCUGACUGAGUCCGCUGGUCGACUGCUAAUUCAUGCUGAUGAUAUACUACUAACAGAACGUAUGUAGAGGGCUAAUACUUUGAGAUAAGGCAACUUAACAGCAGAGAGAAGUUGAAACUAGGAUUCAUUUUUGCUAUCAUCUGCUCUAUUUUGCUUUAAAUGUGCUGAUAGGAGAAUUUUUGGGCAUCU